AUGCGAGUGGUAGGCCAUUACAGCUACUUCUUCAUUUUGCUGAGGAUAGAUCACCUUCUAUACUUAGAAAUAAUGAGUCCGAAGAAGAGGUGUAAACGCAGUGUAAGAACAGGAGACCCACCUAGCAACUCUUCAAGCGAAUCCAGUUUUUACGAACUAUCUGAUGUGGAGAGCAGUGCCAGUUCUCAUCGUGAUAAGUCAUUAACCAAACGGAAAAAAUCUAAUCACCACGGAAAGUCCUUUACCAAGAAACAGAGGGUAGUGAACACUGAACAACGUGUUCGAGAAAUAUUGGAGGAAUAUAGUGAAGACCAUGAUUCUGACAGCCCUAAUGUACAAAUAACACCAUAUGGCAGCGACCCUGAAUUUGUAAGGCAGCUUGAGAGGGACAUACUUUUUCAGGGAACCAACACUAAGUCAACAGCAACACUAACAUAUGACGUGUUCAGGAAGUCAGCUCAAAAUAGUUUGCACUAUUUGUUUUAUAUAUGGUUCUGCAAGACUGCACAAACAAAUUUCUACGUGGAGCCCAUACUUGGCCUCAAGUACCCACUUGUCCACCUUAUAAGGGACCCUCAAGCAAAAUGGGACGUAUCGUCAGGUGUUCCUGGUCCUGUUGUGUCGCUGGUGUUGGAUUCCUUGUGUUAUUACCAGACCUUUUCAAAGACCCAGAAAAAGAAUUUAUCAAAAUCGCUCAGGCGCUUUGGUAGACGACUCCUGGAUAAAGGGACUUACCGAUCUCCAAGUACCAUCCACGGCAGCCUAGCCACACUCCCUCCUACCAGUAUAUUCCAAAUAGGCAGUGUGAAGUUUCCAAGCUGUCUUUUCAAGGAGCGAGCAGUUAUAAAACUCUUCAAUGAGAUCAGGAAGAAUGGAUUUGGGGUUCUGCAGGGAACAUCUGCUGCCGCCAAGGAAAUUGCAGAACUCGACUCAAUGGAAUUGGAUAACAAACGGCUGCGGAAAUUAAAUGAAGAGAAGCAGAACCUUCGAGAGAAAAUUAAGCGAGCAGAGGAUGGGAUAGCGGAGUACGAGCGAGUUCUUCACGAGAAAUUGGAGCAAUACAAAAUGGUGGCGGCGGCUGAUGAUGCCUUUGAGCGGCUGGUGAAGCACGUUCGUAAGUUGCCACUCAAUGGUCUUGAGGGCAUCUGCCUUGCGAUGGUCAGGAGGGUACUGAUGCAGACCGACCCCCCUCCCAGGAGUUUAGUCGAUUUCAUAAAUGUCACCCUCGAAGUGCAAUCGGAUUGGAGGAAUGAGCCUAAACCUCAGUGCUUCUGUGAGAUGAGGUACUGCUGGACUUCACACAUGCCUAGGCUCAGGGCUCAUUAUGAGGCACCCCGCCAAACGACAGUUGUCCGCCAUCCACCCCAACUCACUCCCAUUUCAACUCAUUCAAGGUCAGAUCCAGUAAUGACUUCUCCCAGAACUUUGCAAGAAGAGCAACUCCCCAUUAUACCAGAAGAAGGGCUCCAAUCUGAACAAAAUGAUGUUGAGUCAAAUUGUGCUUCAGUAACAGUAGCUGGCGAAGGAGGGGAAUCCGAUGUUGAAAGAGGGGGUGUGUCCAGCGCUCACGGCAGCGAAGCUGAGCAGGGGACUCGUCCCAAACGUAGCAGGAGGGGAGGAGCCAGCAAUGCCGCUAAAAAGUGCAACGUCUUUCUUCGAAGUCGGAAGCGGGACCCAUCUCCUGUUUGAUUGGUUAAUUUGACUACAAGCCCUUAAUAUUAUGUGAGAUUGUAACAAAGCUCUUUUCAAAUAAUUCUUCCAUAACGGAACCCUUUUAAUAAUUACAAUAGAUUUCUCUCAUUAGUAUUUCAUUUUCAUAUUAUAUAAUUUUCAAUGUAUCUUUUUUUAUCAUUUGCAGUCAUGGAUUUCCAAAUUUUAUUAUUUUUCAAUAUCUAAGUAUAGUAGUCAGUUAAGCCAACAAUUUUCAUGGGCCUUUUGCUAUAUGAAGGUACAAGUUCCUUUUGAGCCCAUAAUCAAAAUGGAAGCAAGAUACAGUUGGUGGUACAUUGAAUUGAUUUUAUUAUAUGAUUAUAUUUAUUUCCCAUAAAUUCUUUUCUUAAAAAUAGCUUUAAUAAAUAUUAUUAAUAUAUAAAUAAUGUAAUUAUAAUAAGUAAUUAUUUUGAUUUUUAAGUCUAAUUUCUAACUGCAAUAAAUUCUGUAUCAUAUAUAACAUUCUCUUUACCACCACAUUCCAGUCAACUAGUAUGUUUACCUGAAUGGUGUUGAAUGUGUUUCAUUACGAUCCGUCUAGGCGAAAGGUUAAGCGUGAAUGUGUUUAAUUAGGUUUAAGGAUUUAUGGCCAUAUAAAUUUACCAUUUAAUGGUCAUUUAUAUAUUUUCCUGGCACUGUCACAUUAAUGCUAUAGCACCAGUUGGCUGUGUUGAUGUAAUUUCAUCCCCAGUUAAUUUGGUUUAUAGUAGUGGUAGUGUCUAAAUUAUGAAUAAAGACUAACCAAUUUAUUGACAUCAAUUUUCAUUUGUAGCGGACAGCUCGUACGGAGGCCAUGUGGGAUGUGUCUGUGCAAUGGGGUAAAACUUGUUGUGUGGGCAGAUUCCGGGUGGUAACUCCAUGUCUGUUCUGCUUGUAGGCGGAUCGUCUUCCCCAUGUUCGGUGUCCUAUGCCCCGUCCCAUUUUUCCAAAGCCUGGACACUGUUUUGGCUAGCAUUUCGCUAGCCGUUUAUUAUUAGCGUCACACUUCACCUGUAAUCCUGUUAGCAGUGGGGGGAUUAUGGGUUAAUAUUCUAGCCACUACCCAUACCGUUAGCUUAUAUUGCUCGGUAUCGUGGUGGGUGUCAGCUGUCACCCCCACGUUAAAAACCCUUGACUCAGAGUAAAUCUUUGUCAAUAAAAACUACUUUCUUUGUGGUGUGGUCGUGCUGUUUAAAAUGGAAGAAUAUUUGAUUGAGCUUUCCGAUUCAUGUCAAGUAUAUAGAUAUGAUUUCUAUUCUAUGAAUUUUUUGUAUUAUAUUGAAGUUCAAUAUUUGUGCAUUGUAUAGUAAAAACUUUUGUUUUUCUCUACUAUUAUAACAAAAUCACUCGUUUUACUACAUUUGCUGUGUUCAGUUUUAUUUUCAUCCAUUAUGUAUAUGUUAGAUGAUAGGGGGUCAGUGUUUUAAUAUUGUUAACUAUUGCUUUAAAAAUAUAUCUAUGUAAUAUUAAUAAUAGACUAGGCAAGUUCGCUCUAUUGCCAACCUUUUUAUAUUAAUAGUCCUAUGCGUUGUUAUUGUUGGCAACGUGUAUUGCGGUAAAAGAAAUACUCUUAACACUCUUAAUGCCAUUGUAUUGUUAUUUCAAGAUUUUAUAAUUGAGUAUGAUAUGAUGGCUGUGACUAGUUAAUAAUGUUUGUAUAUUUGUUGUAAUAUAAUGAGGUUUAUUAUUGUGUUGCUAGGUGGGUCUUUGUAUUUAUAAUUGUUUUGUAAAUCGUGUGUUUUGUAAAUUAAGCUUGUUAUUUAAUUAAACUGUAAUGUAAAGUGCAUUGUAUAGGGUGUCCCACGAAGGGGUUUAAACGUUUGAUUUUAUAUUACGCGCCCAUUCAUGCACCGAACUUUUUGAAACUUUACACAGUUUACAAGGUAGGUUUUAAAAAUAUUCUGGAAAAAUUUCAACUCCCUAACCUUAGAAGAAACAAAAUGGCGGCAUAUUGAAAAAGUUACUUUAAAACAUUAAAAAAGGUAUUUUUGGUUUUAUAAAAUAUUUUUAUUGUUACUUUCCAGGGCAAUAUGACUUAAAAAAAAGAAAAAAUUAGAACAUAGCCAAAUGGAAAACUAAAAAUUAAUCAAACAACUAAUAAAUAAUAAUAAUAAAUAAAUAACUAAUAAUAAAUCAUGAAAGUAGUUUUUAUAGAAAGCACAUUGGUAAAUUUGUCAAUAAGCCGCCAUUUUGUUUCUACUAAGGUUAGGGAGUUGAAAUUUUUCCAGAAUAUUUUUAGAACCUACUUUGUAAACUGUGUAAAGUUUAAAAAGGUUUGGUGCAUGAAUGGGCACGUAAUAUAAAAUCAAACGUUUAAACCCCUUCGUGGGACACCCGGUGUAUAUCAUAUAUAUAAUAUUGCUAGGUGGGUCUUCUGAUGAUAUGAGUUAUAUUAAGAUACGAAUAAUGUAUUGUAAGUGUUUCUUCAAUUUACUGUUAAAACUGUAAGCUGUGUGUAAUCUGCGUUAUGAAUUAUCAAAUAACUGUUUUACAACAAUGUAACUUUGUUAUUUCACAUAAGCUUAGUUUUCAACAUGACUAAAUGGCAUUGUGCCAUUAAUUUGCUUCAUAUUA